AUGCACACUAAACUGGAAUAUUGGUCGGUUGGAGAUAUCUUGAGCAUAGACGAUGAUGAACCAAAGAGUUAUACCCUUUAUAUUAAGUACGCAAAGCUCGAAUUCAAGGUUUACACAUUCUUUGCUGUUGGAUCACCUCUUGGUGUCUUCCUUGCCCUCCGAAAUAUCCGUAUUGGAAUAGGAAAAGGGCAAGAUUAUAUGGAUGAAGAAAAUAUAAUUGAAGAGAUGCCGGCUUGUCGUCAAAUGUUCAACAUUUUUCACCCAUAUGAUCCUGUAGCAUAUAGAACCACUUGUUUGUAAAGAGUUCCUCACCGUACGUCCAGUUAUUAUCCCUUACCAUAGAGGUGGAAAGAGGCUUCAUAUA